CUUUCAAAGCGAAAGCGUUCCGCGGAGUGAGGCGUAGGCGAGCGGCGGCGUUGAGGAUGUCGGGGCUAUCGGACGCGGAGCGUAGCGGGUGUACAAAGUUGCUGUGCAUGUUGUCGAGAGAGGAUUUGUUUGCGCUUAGCGACACAGUCACGAAUAAGAUGAUCGCGGUGGAGAAUAUCGCAGACGCUAUGGAAGCAGUUCUUUCGUACACCAAAGACGCAGAAGAGCUGCUGAAACGGAAGAAAGUGCACCGUGACAUUAUUUUUAAGUACCUGGCCAUGGAGGGCAUUGUGAUGCCCCCACAAAGUGAGAAACACCUGGUGGUGAAAAGAACAUUAGAGUUUUGGUCAGCUGGAAAGAGAGUCAACCAAACCUCAAUAAGGGAGACCGGUGAAACCAGACAGCAGGCUGCAGGCACAGUGUCUGUGCCCACAGAAAUUAAAGGUGAAGACGGCCUUGAUCCAGGAGAUCUUGGCAAGCAGUUCUGUCAGUGGUUCUUCCACCUCUUGAAUAGCCAGAACCCCUCAUUGGGCCAGCUGCCUCAGGACUGGGGACCACAGCACUUCUGGCCGGACGCAGAACUACGCCUUCUUUCAAGCACUGACGGCCAGCAGACGGAGGAGUUCCAGGGUGCCGAGCUGGUGAGCCUGCGUCUCCUAGCCCUGGCGAGGGAUGAGCGUCUCUUCCUCAGCCCCAACCUGCAGCCCCACGGCUUCAAAGCCAUGUCCUCGCCCCACGGCCUGGUGCUGGUGGCCGUGGCCGGUACCAUCCACAGAGACACCGUCUGUCUUGGGGUCUACGAGCAAGCGUUUGGCCUCAUCCGCUCCCCCCUGGACAACAACAGCUGGAAGAUCAAGUUCAUCAAGCUGAAGAUCCGAGCACAGGAUGUCCUGAGCGGGACAGAGGCGGCAUCGCCCUCGCUCACUUAUGACUCCGCCGAACUGCAGCAGCUCUGCAGAUGACGGUAUUGAUGAUGACGGUCACGGAAAACGGACUCAUGGGUGCUCGCUUCUGCACCUAGAGCCGCUGUACAUGUUGGGCGUAACUUGCACUGAUAUUGAUACGUAAACAUCAAAACCCAAACAACUGUGCAACGUGGAGUUGCUUUUCGAUGGGUUUUAUGUUGCAUGGUCCACCUGUCAGUUUACCAUCAGGUAGUAUUCUGGGAGGGUUGCUUUCAGCGCUGACUGACGUUAUCAGUUUUGUGGCCUCACACUGAUAUAUCAUGUUAUCUGUAAAUAUGUUACAUAAAAAGUGCUCUUUGGUGUCCCAUUGAUAAUUACUUCUUUAUUACAAAAAAGUUUGUCCGGAUCACAUACCUUUCAUGGAGUCAGUGAGAAUAGGAGCAAGCUCCAGGCCCACAACGAGGUAUCAAAUGUAUAGCCUUUAUUCAGACAUGCUGGCAGUCGAGUCUGUAAACCAAAGAUUCAAGGCGUGGGGACGUGCGCCUGUUCUGAUGAUUUGGCCCCGUCUUGUGAAAUGACUGCCUACCGUCUUCUGUUUGGGACAAACACUCUGGUGAUGUAAUAGUACUGAUCCUCAGACCCAGUUCUGUUUGGGCAGAAUGGCGAUUUGGGGCUUCUUCUUCUUUUUUCUAGCCAAGUCAGACGAAACGAUGAAACCCCCUUGGUAAAAGUGGGCCUGUGCAAAUCUAUUGUAAAGGCACAUUCGUGCAGGCGCCAGCAGAGGGCAGCAGCGGGCUGAGAGGGAACCUCUUCAUCAGCCUGCUAGGUGAAGACUGCUGCGGACUUUAACGGGUUGGCAGUUUUUACCAGUCUCUGCGGUCCAGAUCCUGCAGAAUAUGCAGGACUGCCACAAAGUGUGACAGCCCCAGCUCCUUCAUAGAUGCGAGGCCUUCAUAUUUAAAAGAAG